AGCCCUCGCUCCUCUCAUCCAGUGCCCUUUGAACACAAACAACCCAAAGACUCUCUCCCACGGUAAAACCCUUUUCAGACAAUAGUCAAAUGGCUUCCAAUAAUCACCAUGGCCAUCACCAUGACCAUGGCCAUGACCAUCACCCCCACCACCACCAUCAUGACCAUGAUAAAUCAACAAAAUCAUCAUGGGUGGGAGCUGAUGGGAAGGUUUACCAUAGCCAUGAUGGCCUAGCGCCUCACUCACAUGAACCCAUUUACUCACCUGGAUACUUCAGCAGAAGAGCCCCACCGCUUGUCAACAGGGAUUUCAAUGAGAGGGCUUUCACUGUUGGAAUUGGUGGCCCUGUUGGUACUGGGAAAACAGCUUUAAUGCUGGCACUGUGCACGUUCCUGCGGGAUAAGUACAGUCUUGCCGCUGUGACAAAUGACAUAUUCACGAAAGAGGAUGGUGAGUUCUUGGUGAAACACCAGGCACUUCCUGCGGAAAGGAUACGUGCUGUAGAAACGGGAGGCUGCCCACACGCCGCUAUUCGUGAAGACAUCAGUAUCAAUCUCGGCCCUCUCGAGGAGCUUUCUAACUUGUACAAAACAGAUAUACUUCUUUGCGAAUCCGGGGGAGAUAAUUUAGCUGCCAACUUCAGCAGAGAACUCGCUGAUUAUAUUAUGUAUAUAAUAGAUGUAUCUGGUGGUGAUAAGAUCCCUAGGAAAGGUGGCCCUGGCAUAACCCAAGCUGAUCUCCUGGUGAUAAACAAGACGGACCUUGCACCUGCGGUUGGAGCUGACUUGGGAGUCAUGGAACGCGAUGCGCUUCGUAUGCGUGAUGGAGGGCCCUUCGUAUUUGCUCAGGUGAAGCACGGGCAAGGCGUGGAGGAAAUAGUAAACCUCGUAUUACAAGCAUGGGAAGCCGCGACUGGGAAGAAGCGGAAAUGAAUUUCUCAUUUGAAGAACCUGUGGAAUUCCUUCAUAGAUUGUAUUUCAAGUUAUAUUCUAUGGUUCGACUAUCAAUAAAUUCCCUUUUGUAUCUCUGAACUUUCCCAGUCCCUAGUCCUCUGAACUGAAAACACUGAAAUAAGUAUCUCUGAACUUUGAAGUAGUUAAACUCAUAUUAUGCCUGUUGAGAACAUAUGUUAGAAAUUCUGAGUUUUACCCUGUUGAGGACAUAUGUUUAGGCAAGGGUUAAUAUAACAUUUGGUAUCUGAGUUUGAUUUCAA